CCAGCAAGGCGCUAGCAGCGUUAGCUUCCAGGCUCCAUUGUGCCUGUUGUCGGUUAGAAGACGGUUUGUCCGUGUGAGCUGAAUAUUUCAGAGUCUACAGUGACAAUAUCUUCGGUUAAUCUUCAAUCUUCAGCGAGAAUCAAUCAGACUAACUGCUGAAAUAUUCAACAUCGCAGGAGGAAGAGCUCGACCAUCAGAUUUGACACAUUAUGUCUGUUAUCAAGCAAGAUGCUCUUGCUCAUCAUUUUAUCCUCAACCAACAAGACAUCUCUUUUCUGAACCAGAGGGAAUCUCUGAAAACCAAAGGGAGAGCAGAGGAACCAGAGCAUGACUCAGAACCAGACCUUACUGCACCAAAGCUAGAGAUGGAAAACGCAAUAGGAAGAGAUUCUGCAUCUCUUGAAAUCAAAGAAGAGCCAGAGGAACUAGAACUGCAACAAAUGAAGGAAGAAGAUUAUCAAUUAGGAUCUCUGCAGAUUGUAAAGAUUGAGGUUGAAGACAUCAGUCAGGAUGAAAACCAGGAUGUAGUGGACCAAGAGAUGGAUAAUUCUGUAUCUCACAAAAUCAAAGAGGAAUCAUUAGAACUAGAACUUAAACAAAUAAAGGAGCAGGAAGAUGGAUCAGGACUUGAGCAGAUGGCAAACAUUGAGGCUGAUGGUAUCAGUCAGGAUGAAGACCAGGAAGUCCCAAAGGAGGAGAUUGAGAUCUUAAUCCUAAAGCUUUCUGAUGAUGAAACAAACCGCCAACAACCGGAGCUCAAUGGAACCCAAAUCAUCUUCCAGAACAUCCCUGAAGCAGAUCAUCACCAGGGAAUAAAGACUAACGAAGCCUCGGGAUCCCACAGAGAUAAACAGAAGACCAGAAGUGAAAAUGAAGAGCAAAGGAUGAAGGGCAAGAAAAUUCAGAAGGAUAAAACAUUGAAACAGUGCAAAGUGUGUCAUAAAAGUUUCAAAUUCAACUGUGGAUUAACAGUUCACAUGAGAACUCACACAGGUGAGAAGCCUUUCUCAUGUAUAAUCUGUGGAAAGUCUUUUAAUCAAAAGGGUAAUUUGAUUAGCCACAUGAGAACUCACACAGGUGAGAAGCCUUUCUCAUGUCUAACCUGUGGGAAAAGUUUCAAUCAAAAACAUAUUUUGAAUUGCCAUAUGAGAACUCACACAGGUGAGAAGCCUUUCUCAUGUAAAACUUGCGGGAAAUGUUUCAGGCACAAAAAUGAUUUGAAUAGCCACAUGAGAAUUCACACAAGUGAGAAGCCUUUCUCAUGUUUAACCUGUGGAAAGGGUUUCAAUACAAAGCGUAAUUUGACUAACCACAUGACAAAUCAUACAGGUGAGAAGCCUUUUUCUUGUAUAACCUGUGGAAAAAGUUUCAAUCAAAAAGGACACUUAAAUAGGCACUUGAGAACUCACACGGGUGAGAAGCCUUUUCCAUGUAUGACGUGUGGAAAAUGUUUCAAUCAAAGAGGAAGUUUGACAAGCCACAUGAGAACUCACACAGGUGAGAAACCUUUUUCAUGUGUAAUUUGUGGAAAGGGUUUCAAUGCGAAACGUAAUUUGACUAACCACAUAAGGAAUCAUACAGGUGAGAAGCCUUUCUCAUGUGGAACCUGUGGCAAAGGUUUCAGUCAUAAAAAAAGUUUGACUAACCAUGUUAUAAUUCACACAAAAUAGAAUCCUUUAAAGUCAUGCAAAGUCAUGUGACCGGGCGAAGAAUGUAGCUUGUUAACCGUAGCUCCACACUUUUCCCUGAUGUACCUUUGUUUUUCCACAUAUGUGAUCUUUUGGUUGACAUGUUUACCAAGUAGAAAGGGAUGAUGACAUCGUCACAGAACCAAUCUGUCAAACAAGCUGAAAAACAAAUGAAUGUCCGCUCUGUUGACAGUGAAGAAACUAUUAACCUAGUUGAGCUAGCAGUAGCAGAAGCCAGAACUACGACAGUGGAAGACGUGGUUGCCCAACUUUCAGCCAAAACACAAGCCACAGUGACGGAGCAGAUCGCUGAAAAUCUGACUGAGAUGAAACCAUCUGAGCAGACACCUCAGAGUGUUUAGAAACCACCAAAAGCUGCCUAACAGAUGCAGAUAGCCACCUCUCUACAUUGGUGGGCAAGCUAGCAACACUGUGCACCACACGGAGGAAAAAGUAGCUGAUUUGGUGGAGAGGUUGGCCAGAGACUACAUAAAGAUAAAUGGGAUUCCAAAAACCCCUCAAAACAGCUAACCGUCUCGCCUGUUUGCUCAAUGCUGUCCUGAAGUGGUUCCUGCCAUCAGUUGAAAUUGUGCAAAUCGGUCCAACGGGGAAAAAUUCCAACCGUAAGCCAAUUCUGUGUAUACUUCUGCUGACAUUUACUGACAGAGAUGGGUCCAAUGUUUGGAGGUAAACCAGACUCAUUAGGUGCU